CCUGGCUACCGGUUAACUAUCAGGUUUGAUUACCUAUUCAGCGUUCAACAGAUUUUCUUCUCGUAGAUAGUUUUUAUUCUCCGACUGUUCACUUCUUUAAGCGCUUACUGUCACUUGUUCAACAAGCAUCGUCUAGAAAUCAAGCAUCGCGGAGUCCAUUUUUCGAUUCACAGCCUUGUCUGUAUCAUUAAGAUGCCGUCGCACACAGCCUUCUUCUACGGGACCUUGAUGGCUCCGCCUAUUCUCCAUCGUGUAAUAUGGGGUUCGGCCAGAAAUGUCUCAGAUGUUCAGAAAGCUCAACUGCACGUCCGCCCUGCAAUUCUCCACGGAUUCCAGCGUCGGAAGGUCAGGUACGCAGACUAUCCUGCCAUAAUACCAGCAGAUAAAUCAACCACAGUUCGUGGAACACUGGUUUCUGGUCUUACAGAUGGAGAUAUCUGGCGCCUGGACAUAUUUGAGGGCACGGACUACAAGAGAGAGAAGGUCAAAGUCAGAGUCCUAGCGCAAGGAGGAAAGGGAAACGAGGGCAUGGGCGACCUUUCGCAACGAGAGGAGGAUAAUGUUGAGGGUGACGAGAUCGAAGCAGAAGUUUACGUAUGGAUUUCCGGUGAAGAGCCUCUUGAGUCGCAGGAAUGGGACUUUGCCGAGUUCGUCAAAGAGAAGAUGAGUCGAUGGGCUGGAGUUUCUGCUGCUGCAGCAGACCAAGGCUUUCAAGAUGUUGACGAUGCUGUAGCUGCAUCGCAGGAGGACCCGACUGGCGGAAGAGGUGCUAAUGGUGACAUCACUCGAGCGCUGGAGGAAAGCCGGUAGACGGACGAAGAUGGGUCACAUAGUGCCGUCUAGACGUAGCCUGCUUUCCAAUAGAGCACAGAGUCACUCAAAUGAGAGCAAGCAUAGAAUGAAGAUAUAGAUAUUUUUAUUCUUUAGGGAGUCAUGUACUAAGUGCUCUCGCUAUUCAUGCGAGCAGUUAUGAGUAUUUGCUCGCUUGCGAUAUGUACGCAUUUUCAUAAUAAGAUGAUCAGAAUUGGUAUAUCCCUCAUGAUUGUGAAACAAAGAUUUCGACAAAUCAGGUUAUCGAUGUUGAAUAAGACGCCACGGCUAUGCAUGU